CAUGUGUGAUGUGAAGUUUUAGCUAGCUAACUCGUAUCAGUAAACUCAAGCAAGACAGACGCGAUUUGGGUGUACCUAGUUUGGAACAGGCUUGUGUAACCUAACCAGUUUAGAUAUACUAUUGUUAAUUUUAAAAAGCCAACACUGACACGAGGUAGAACUGCACAGCUAGCAUUAACACUUGUGCAGAUGUUAACUAACCUCACCAAAACGAUAGCUAACGUUAGCUAGCAAACCGGUUAACUUGAUAGCUGACGGCACACUCCCAAGGACCACAGUCCUGUCAUUCAAAGUUAGGGUUAGCACUGCUACUGCAACUUGUAUAUUAAGUGAAAGUGGUCAGGGGUUUUCAAGAAAUAACAUCGUUUUAUCUAACCAUGGACGAGGAAGACUGUCCCGAGCUGGUGCCCAUUGAAAAAACGACGGAUAGACCAUCUUUGCAAAUACCUGUCACAAUAAUCACUGGCUAUUUAGGUGCAGGGAAGACGACUCUGCUGAACUACAUCUUAACUGAGCAGCACAGUAAACGAAUAGCUGUAAUUCUAAACGAAUUUGGCGAAGGUAGCGCUCUGGAGAAGUCUCUCUCUGUCAGCCAGGCUGGGGAGCUCUAUGAAGAGUGGCUGGAGCUCAGGAACGGCUGCCUUUGUUGCUCUGUCAAAGACAACGGGCUGAAAGCAAUAGAGAACCUCAUGGAGAAGAAGGGGAAGUUUGACUAUAUUCUUCUGGAGACCACUGGAUUGGCUGACCCAGGUGCGGUAGCCUCCAUGUUCUGGGUUGAUGCUGAACUUGGGAGUGAUGUGUAUUUGGAUGGUAUUGUCACGGUAAUUGAUGCAAAAUAUACAAUGCAGCAACUGACAGAGGAGAAACCAGAUGGACUUGUCAAUGAAGCCACAAGACAAGUGGCUCUUGCGGAUCUUUUAAUUAUUAAUAAGACGGACCUUGUGAGUGAGCAAGAAUUAAGAAAAGUGAGGGAAACUGUUGAAUCCAUAAAUGGACUUGUUAGAAUUCUAGAAACGCAAAAGGCGAGAGUUGACUUAUCCCAAGUGCUAGAUUUGCAUUCCUUUGACAUUAAAGAUGCAACAAGGUUGACUGAAAAACUACAGCUUGUGAAGUCUACACAUCCGCAUCUAGACAAGAGUAUCUUAACAGCAACAAUUGAAAUGCCAGGAGAAGUCUCUGAAGAUCGGCUGAACCUGCUCAUUCAGGACCUUCUGUGGGAAAAGAACUUGAAGAAUAAAGAGGGGUCACCUAUGCAUGUCAUUCGCUUAAAGGGCAUUCUGUCCAUCGAGGGAAAGGUCCAGCGGGUGAUGUUGCAGGGGGUUCACGAGCUUUACGAGCUGGAGGAGACCCCCGAGGCCUGGGGGCAGGAUGAACCCAGAGUCAACCGUCUCGUCUUCAUAGGGAGACAUCUGGAUCGAGACAUCCUACGGGCUCAGUUCACUACCACUCUCCUGAAUAAGGAGGAUAGUAAGACAUGAAACGUUGCAUUCAUUUCAAGUUAGAUUUGUUAUAAAAAAAAAAAAACAGUGAAUAAUUUAAGUAAGUUGAUUCAGGAGAUUCAGCUCUCUUAACACUAAAUUGUACUGAAUCUGAUGACUGAAUGUCAAUUGUCUUAAAGCAGUAUGAUACUGCGGUUAUAUGUGUAUCAUGGUUUCAAGAGAAUUGAUGACUGGUGUGGUGGAUCUCUGUGUAGAUCAUGGUCUUCAUUUGCAGAAUGCUUGACUUUGAUGAUGAUUUCAGAGUCGGAAUUUUGCAGGCUACAUGGAAUCUGAUCUGGUUCUUUGGAAUGACUGCCUUGUUUUUGCUGUGUUUUUUUUUAUUAUUAUUAUUAUUAUUAUUGUUAUUGAGGUGACAAUUUUAUAGUUUUGUGCUUUCUUGCAUUUUGUGAAUUUGUCCCCGAUGUCAAAAUUAAACUGAACAGGACGCGAAAUCAUA